UCAGACAAUCAAAUGUGCGAAGAAGAUGGUCCGAAAUCCACAAUCUCGUUUGCUAUAGUGAUAGCUGGAUCUCUUAUUUCAAUUAUUUCAAUUUCGAACAAUGUUCUUUUAUUUAUAUCACUAAUACGGAAUAAUAGAUGCUUCAAAUGCUAUUUUCAUUUCAUUCUUGCACUUUGCUUUUUCGACAUUAUCAUAUCUGUAUGCUAUAUGCCUGUUAUACUGGUAGAUUCUUUAAAAGAUUGGACUAAAUGGAUUGAACUCGCCAAGGCCUGGUGGCCAUUUUUUGUGUAUGGUCUGGCAAUGACGCAUGUCUGCAUGACGACUGCAUGUUAUAUUCUGAUAGCCGUAGCGUAUGAGAGAUACUUAAUAACUGUCAGAAGUUACAUGCUAAAACAAUUUCAAAAACGACGGAGUUGGUGGUGCUUUGCAUGCCUUUCCCUUGGAGUACUAACAAAAGGUGGAAUGCUCAUAGAGCUUGAUGUGUUUCCAAAUGAAGAUCCUUCAUGCAAAAAUACAGUAAUGGAGUAUUAUGUAGAUGUAACAGAUAUUACAAAAUCUGUUUGGUAUGGUACAAUUUACAAGUUUUGGAUUCGAAACAUUGCCACUGUGUUUCUUCCAUUUGCCCUUCUCUUAUUAAUAAAUCUUGGAAUUGUCCUGGAGCUUCGAUCUCAAAUGCAACACGCUUUUGGGAAUAGAUCAAGAAGAAGAUUUUCAUUGAGAAUGCAGAGUCGGACAAACGUACGUCAGGCGACAGCCACAAUGCUAUUCAUUUGUGUCAUUUAUUUGAUAUCAAACGUAGUGAAUGUGUUCAUCACCGCUUGGGAAUUCAUUGAUAUUGAGUCAUUGCAAACACGGUUCUUGGAAGAGUACAUGUUAUCCGCUGAUCUUUCUUCAGUUCUGGUAGUGACUGCUUGUGCACUUCGACUCCCAAUAUAUAUGCUGUGCAAUCCGGAGCUUCGAAGAGCUGUAAAAAAGUCAUUCACUCAUAAAAGCGAACAUCAACAAAAGAUGCAUCAAACCUUUUCUCUGAUUGCAAAGAUUUUAGUUUAAUAGUUUCAAUUCUAUGUAUGUAAUUCAAUUGUUUUAACUGUGAUUUGUAAUUCCAAAUGAUCAACGGGUCAUCGGUUUUUUUCACAAUUGUGACUAAAUUCUUAUAAAUAUGUAAAUUUCAAGUGUAAGCAUGACGUCACAUAAGAUGUGAUUCUUUCUGCGUAACAAUACCAUUUCAUAGUUCACUGCGUAUUUUUGUUGCUGGUCAUAAAGAUUUAUUCAUAAAGCUG